AAAAAAAAAAUAAUGAUGCAACAGAAAACGAGUUGUACUAGUAACUUCAAUGUUAUAUAUUUAUACGAUAAAGGUUUAGUGUCUCGUUUCACUCCGUUCUCGUUGCAAAUUAUUCGUCUCGAACAGGAACAAUUUUUUACUAAAAUGCCGCGUUUAAGUUUGGAUACAAACAUACCGGCUUCCGAAAUUCCGCAGGAAUUUUUGAGUAAAUGUACACAGAUUAUUUCUGCGACACUAGGAAAAAAUAUCAAAGUGAGUAUAAUAUAUAUACUAUAUAUAAUAUACUGUCACACAAAUAAUGUUUAGUUACAUUAUUUCAAGUAGUGCGAAUAUUAUACGUAUAUACUAUGCAUAUAGUAUUGAUCUAAUUAGUGCUUUUUUUUUAUUUUCCUGAGAAAAACCAGCAAUUUUGUAUACAUUUUAUACAUAAUUUUUGUUGGGUUCUGGAUUAUCUCGAUAACAAGAGAAAAAUAUGACUUAUACUAUGUUCAGAAUCGUUUUACGAACGUACUUAAAUUAAAUUGCCCUAUGCGUAUUCUCUUUUCAACUUCCAUUCUAAAACAGUGAUAAGCCCAUCAGCAGUAUUGUUUUUUUUUGUCUUUAAUUUUAGUUUAUUUAAUAUGAUUUUUUUUAAUAGUACACAUUUCGAAUUAUAAUUGAAAAAUAAUGAACUUGCAACUUGAAUUUUGAUUUUAAUGACAGCUUCAAUAUUUUUACGUAAGUUUUUCUUCUCCGGGAUAAUUUUACCCUUUUUUAAUGCAUUUUAUUUUAUCUUUAAGACUCUUUUAUUUCAAGUAUAUCUAAUUGAAAAUAUUUUUUCCAUCACGGUUUUUUUUUUUUUUUUUUUUUAAUGCAUUCAAUUCAAAGCACAUUAGUCAUUAAGAUGAAGUUUAUUAUAACAUUCAAGUACCGUUAUUUCCAAUAGAUAACGCCAUGUUAUUCGGAUGAAACUGUUAAACUAUUGUGUAUAUAUUAAACGUUAUAUACCUAAUGUAAUAAUUAUAAUAAUGUAAUUAUUGACAAAUAAUAAUUAGUAUUUCAAAUGGGUAUGACGGUUUUCAGUUUUGUAUAGCAACAGUGAAUCCGGGAUUAAAAAUGACACUCGGUGGCUCCAGUGAUCCUUGUGGAUUUGUUCAAGUGACCAGCAUUGGAAGUUUGGGAGUCGAAGAAAAUAAAAAGCACAUUGCAGUCAUAACCGACUACGUUAGUGAAGCUACCGGAAUUCCGAAAAACAAGUAAGAUUAAACGAGGAGUCCAUGCAUAACAAGCAUGUUUAGUUUAUAUUCUCUGGUUUAAUAUCAUCACGAACAAAUUUGUUCUCGAUUUAUCUAUCGAAAUGUUUCGUAUUAAUUUGGAUUCUCAAAGAUGACGAGGAUAUAUUAUUCAUAUUUCAUUUCUUACAGUUAAAUAUAAUUGCAAUUUAUAAUUUUAAUAUAAUUUAAGGCAAAGUAUAUUUAUAUAACUACCUAUAUUUUAUACCAAAAUAACGACGAUAACUAAAUAUCACUCUUUAAUGAAUUAUACAGUAUAUAAUUAAACUAAAGUAAUUGUAUAGCGGUUAAACGAAUUUUCAAAUAAAUAAAAGGUAUGUUUCAAUGUUAAACUUUCAAAAUAUUUCGAUACAAAUCGCAUUAUUUUCAUCCUCCGAAUAAGGGACUCUUGAAAUUUUAACAAUUCGUAUAAGUAAACAUUCGAAAUGAACAAUCACCGACCGGCUGUUUUUAAUUUAUUUGCAAAACUGAUCCGUUGCAUAAAAUAUAAAUCGGAAGUUAAUAAUAUUCAUUGUUAUUUUUGUUUUAUGUUUAUUUACUCGUAGGUUAUACGCACAAUUUCAAUCCAACGAACCAGAGAGUACCGGUCACUUGGGUACAACAUUCCAUCAUCUCUACUACGUCGAAAAGGGAGCUCGAUUAAAAUAAAAAUAAUAUUCCGUAUGCCUACUAUUUGUUCGAAAACAAUAAUGUUAUUACUUUAACAAUAUUAAAACCAUUCGCAAACUC